UUUAAUUUAUAGUACUUUUUGGUGGUUAGUUUGGGUUGUUUGGGUGGUUUUGUCUCCUGCCGGCGUCUCGCCGGUCGGCGUGUGCAGCCGCCAUGGUGAAUGGAGAGGGGUUCUCCACACUCACCAGGAAACAUGGCAUUAAGAUCUGUCCUAGUUUCCAUGGUGAAUGGAGAGGGGUUCUCCACGCUCACCAGGAAACAUGGCAUUAAGAUCUGUCCUAGUUUCCCGUGUAGCGUGGAGGACAUUAGUUUAGCUGUGGGGGAAAAGGUCGGGCACGGUAGUAUUAUGUCGGCCGCUCGGAUGAACGGCGCCGUGGUCAUCUUCCUGGACCGAGAGGACAAGGUGAACCAAGUCAUCGAGGCAGGCAUCACCGUGAGAGAAAUGUUUGUUCAGGUGCUACCACUGACACAACCGGCCACCAAGGUAGUCCUGUCAAACGUCCCACCGUUCAUCUCUGAUGGCUUCCUCAGCAGAGAGUUGUCCAGACACGGGAAGAUAGUCUCCCCCGUUAAAAAGAUCCUGUCUGGAUGUAAAUCUCCGUUGCUGAAGCACGUCGUGUCUCACCGCAGACAGCUAUAUAUGAUACUGAACCAUCGGAACGAGGAGUUAAACCUCCGUUUCCAUGUUAAAGUAGAUGAUUAUGAAUACGUGAUUUUUGCAACGUCAUCAGAGAUGAAAUGUUUCGGUUGUGGAGAGGUGGGACACACGGUGAGGGCCUGCCCGAGACGAGGUGAUCCGAAUCCUCCCGGUCCGGGAGCCCCCGCUCCCCCGGGGGAACCGGGUGAGCCGGGGCCGGCGGCCGCGUCCGAGCGGCCGAUGACCACUCCGCGCGCUGCACAGCGGCGUGAUGAUGCCGUGCCCGACCAGACACACGGGGUGAGUAAUGUAAAUACACUGGGUGUUUGUGUGAAUGAAGUGGGAGGGGAGGGUGAGGGAAGUGUGUGUGAGGCAGUGAAAAGUGGUGUGGUUGGAGAAGAAGAAUGGGCAGAGCAGGAUGAUUCAUGCUCUGAGAUCAGCAGGAGGACAGCUUUAACGACAGCUUCCCAGAUCCGAGAGAGAGCCGUGGACUUCUACUCUGAUCUCUACAGCACAGAGUACACAGAGGACAACGAGUCUUUCACCAGGUUCUGCAGAGACCUGCCCACGGUUUCUGGGGACGACAAUGAGGAGCUAGAGGGGCCCCUGACGGAGGAAGAGGUUUUUAGAGCUCUACAAGGCAUGCAGGGGGGAAAGGCCCCUGGGAUUGAUGGUCUCCCUCCAGAAUUACAAGAUGCUGUCCAAAGUCCUGGCAUCCAGGCUGAAGCUGGUGUUGGACGGGUCAUCCACAAGGCCCAAACCUACUGUGUGCCCGGCAGGUCUAUUAUUGACAAUGUGUCGUUGAUUCGGGAUAUUUUGGCAGUCUCUGGUUCAUUGGGUGUAGACACUGGUCUGGUUUCUUUGGACCAGGAAAAGGCGUUUGACCGGGUUGAGCACCGUUACCUGUGGAAAGUUCUGGAGAGGUUCGGCCUCAGCCCUGGUUUCAUCGCCAAGAUAAAGGUAAUGUAUGAGAACAUUGAGAGUGUGCUGAAGAAGAUAUUCGGUAAGAGCACAGAGGGUGAGGUAGAGUGUGAGUAUGUAAAUCCAGCAAGGCACAGUAACCAGGUGGAUAGCGAGAUCCUAGGUAACGAGUAA